UCCUUAUUUGUAAACAAACUUAAACGUAUUUAUCACUUGUACGGUACGGAGUUUAUUGUAUUUAUUUAUGGUUUAUAAUGGAGCCGGAACCAAUAGAAGGUUCAUCUCCUGAGGAUGAAGAUGUUUUCCAUUUUGAGACCGAGCACCUAGCCCUUCGGGGCAACCAGUCCUAUGCCAACUUGUUGCGCACCAUGGCCGUGCUGCAGGCCCAAAGGAUUCGGGUCCAUCAGCAGAUCGAUGAGCUGGAAGCCACCAGAAAGGUCUACUUGGAUAACCCGCAACUGAUGCUGGACAAGCUGCAGAACAACGAGCCCUUGAUAUCGGACAACUGCAUCACCACGGCUGUGUUGCCGGAGUUGCCAACUUUGAUCGCCAAUGACGAAGGAUGUGUAUUAAAUGAGACACCAGCGGAACCGUCUUCAUGGACACAUCAGCCCGAAGAGAUUAAGGACAGGAGCCAAGGCCGGUCGGAGAACUUCAAUCGCUUGUGGACCAACGAGGAACAGCGCCGCUUGGAGCAGCUGCUCAUCCAGUAUCCGCCAGAGGAAGUGGAAAUGCGACGAUUCGGCAAGAUAGCCAAGGCCUUGGGAAACCGAACGGCUCAGCAGGUGUUCAGCCGCGUCCAGAAGUACUUCCAAAAGCUGCACGAUGCCGGCAUGCCGGUGCCCGGUCGAAUACCCAAGCAUCGCCGCGCGGGCCUGAGUAAGCCGAAGGUCCACUUACGUAGGUCUACAUUCUUUCCUGCCCAGAAUAUAUCCCUGCAAAUGCCGGAGGAUGACUGCAUAUUAGAUGACCUGCGGAUCCAAUCGCCUGCCAACGAGAUGCUCCUUAUGCCGACAUCUUUACAAACCAAGACUGAGCACGACUAUUUGGAUGCCGAUCUGGCUGCGGAGGCCAAGCGCAAGCAGGAACUGCGCCUUAAGCUUCUUACUUCCAUUCAGGAUGAGAAACAGCAGGUCGAGAAUGGCUAUGAGCCCGAUCUGCUGGCAGCCAAGUGUGCCGAAUGCGAAGAGGCGUCUGUGACCAGGACCCAAUGGCGUUGCAACAGCUGUUAUUGUCACCUAAAUCUGUGCGGAGAUUGCCUCGCCAGCCAGUUGAUCGAAGGUCGCUUCGAGCAUCUGAGCCAUGAAGUUGUAGUGGACCUAGAGUCAUGAUACUUUUUAAUGGAAAAGUGGAUUAAAAUAAAGAAUUUACUUAGGCAAAGAUCCAUAUUUUUACAACAUUUUACCAUCUUUUAUGAAAUAAGUUUGAUAGUUUAUCAAAAAACCAAUCAAUUUUAUGUGAUAAAUAUAUGCCACAAU